UAUAUAUAUAUAAUCGCGCAAAAGUUUGCCCCAAAUCAGUAAUCGAAGAUUUCUAGGGUUUUCUUUCCAAUCCGAUUGAUAUUUAGUCCUCAAUUUUCUCCAAUAAACACCGAUCUAUAUUCUAUCUCUAUCUUUUGGUGUGGAUUUUGUGAUUCUGAUCUCAGACUUUGAACAAAAUUUCUGCUCAAAAAGGUGAUAGUUUUGAUUUGAUGAGGAAGAAGAGGAAAGGGAGUGAAGCAGAUACGGGUGAGAAUGCACAAGAGGAAGUAAUACCAACGUGUGAUUUGAAAUCAUCCAAUGUUAGGUCUCAUUAUUCGUUAGAAGAUUAUAAUAGGUUAAAGAAGAGGUGCAAAGAAGAUCUGGGUAGGGAACCUGUUACUUCUUUCAAAAGUAGGCUUGCAGGCAUUGCUACUGCCCCACCUUGUGGUGCCUCAUCUUCGUUGGUACUACCUGGAAGAGGGCUUAAGAGGAAGAUAGGGUGCAUAGAUGUUUCUACUCAAACGGGUAGGAAAAAUAAGUUUGAGGAUGAUUAUAUUUUGGGGGAUGCUAUUGGGCGUGGUAAAUUUGGCUCCGUUUGGUUGUGCAGGUCUAAGGUUACUGGUGUUGAGUUUGCUUGUAAGACUUUGCAGAAGGGAGAGGAGACAGUUCAUAGGGAGGUAGAGAUAAUGCAGCAUCUGUCUGGUCAUCCUGGUGUGGUGACAUUGCAUGCUGUGUAUGAGGAGUCGGAGUGUUUUCAGCUUGUGAUGGAGUUAUGCUCUGGAGGACGUUUGAUUGAUCAGAUGGUUGAUGAGGGACGGUACUCAGAGCAACGCGCUGCUAAUAUAUUCAAGGAUGUGAUGUUAGUUAUUAAGUAUUGUCAUGACAUGGGUGUUGUGCACCGAGAUAUAAAGCCUGAGAAUAUACUUCUAGUGAGCCUGGGGAAGAUGAAGCUUGCAGAUUUUGGCCUGGCUAUGAGAAUUUCAAAUGGGCAGACCUUAUCGGGUUUGGCUGGAAGUCCAGCAUAUGUUGCCCCUGAAGUUCUGUCGGGAAAUUAUUCCGAGAAGGUUGACAUUUGGAGUGCUGGUGUCCUCCUGCAUGCUCUGUUGGUCGGGGGCCUUCCAUUUCAAGGCGACUCCUUAGAGGCUGUUUUUGAGGCAAUCAAGAAUGUCAAGCUUGAUUUUCACACUGGAAUAUGGGACUCUAUAUCUAAACCUGCACGUGAUCUAGUUGCAAGAAUGUUGACAAGGGAUGUCUCAGCCAGGAUCACCGCAGAUGAAGUACUGAGGCAUCCAUGGAUUUUGUUUUACACAGAGCGUACCUUAAAGACAUUGUCCAUCAGAUCAAAAACAAAGAAUCAAGGUGCUGCAACUUCCUGCCAACCUGCAAAUGCACUUGUGUCACCUGGAAACCAGGUAGGAGCUGGCUCUUCUGAAGAGGACUUGAGUCAGCAUCCAUCUGAUAGUUUGAGCUGCAAGUCAGAAGAGCAGGAUGAAUGUGGUCUAGUUGACGCGCUUGCAGUGGCGAUUUCCCAUGUUAAGAUAUCAGAGCCGAAGAGGAGUAGAUUGUGUGGACCCACUGGCCCAAUAGAGCAGCAGUGUUCAUCUAACAUCACCGCUAACAAUCUGUGUAGAGCAUUUUGAUUCUGGUGACACACUGACACCACUAACAUUGCUCAUCUCCACUGUUUUGUGAGCUGGGAGAGGAGGAUUCAGAACAGCCACACCCUUAAACUCCAAUAUUCAGUGGAUACUGGGCAAAGACGGUAACAGAGUAACAUAACCAUAGCUUGUAAAUAUGACGUAAUAUCUUUUCAUUAAAUGCAACAUCUCUCAAAAAUAAUAAUUUGAACUGAAAAACAUUCAGUUAUUGAUACUAUUAUUUUGAGAGACUAAUUUCAGGAUGGGAUUUCGAUUAAUAUGAAAGGUUUAUAUGGA